AUGUCAAAAAGGAAAAUAUUGUUUUUUUUUUUUUGAAAGAGAAAAUAUCGUUGCAAUAUUCCUGUCUUCUGCGAAACGAGUAACGUGGUUGACCCUUUCCCUCGUUUUAUCUGAAUCCGAGGAGUGAAUGGAGAAGAAGAAUCAAAAUCCUCGACCUCCUACUCCGAUGCCCUAAGCGUGAACCGAGGCCGCCGCCAAGCUAUCAGGACCCGGAUCUCUAACCAGUAUAUUGCAAGGUACAAGUGUCACAAAAUUGUUCAGAACGAAUGAGCGUAUUGUUUGUAUGAAUGAUGUUUGAAGCCUCUCUACAAGCUGACAUGUCAAAUAAAAUGGCAUCAACUAUUUUGAAGAUGGUGAACAGUACUUUAGACUGGGUGACAUUGGCUUUAGAUGCCCCCUCAGCUCGAGCUGUUGUUUUUGGAGUGCAUAUUGGCGGACAUUUAUUUGUGGAAGUUCUUCUUCUGGUGGUCAUCCUUUUUCUACUUUCCCAAAAAAGUUACAAGCCCCCUAAGCGGCCUUUAACGAAUAAGGAAAUAGAUGAGCUAUGUGAGGAAUGGGUUCCGGAACCUCUUAUUCCUCCUAUCACAGAAGAGAUGCAGUUGGAGCCUCCAGUGUUGGAAAGUGCCGCAGGACCACAUGCAAUAAUCAAUGGAAAAGACGUAGUGAAUUUUGCUUCAGCAAAUUAUCUUGGAUUAAUAGGACACAAGAAGUUACUUGACUCAUGUACCUCUGCGUUGGAAAAAUAUGGUGUUGGUUCCUGUGGUCCUCGUGGUUUCUAUGGAACAAUUGAUGUCCACCUCGAUUGUGAGGCGCGAAUUGCGAAGUUUCUGGGAACUCCUGAUUCAAUCCUUUAUUCUUAUGGGCUGUCCACCAUGUUCAGUGCAAUUCCAGCUUUUUGCAAAAAAGGAGAUGUGGUUGUUGUGGAUGAGGGAGUGCAUUGGGGAAUACAAAAUGGUCUGUAUCUUUCUAGAAGCACAAUUGUAUAUUUCAAGCACAAUGAUAUGGAAUCUUUAAGAAGUACUUUGGAGAAAAUCACUGCUGAGAAUAAACGGGCUAAAAAGUUGAGGCGCUACAUUGUGGUUGAAGCUGUGUAUCAGAAUUCUGGCCAAAUAGCCCCACUAGAUGAGAUCAUUCGACUGAAGGAGAAAUAUUUUUUUCGUGUUUUAUUGGAUGAGAGCAACUCACUUGGUGUGCUUGGGAAAACUGGUAGAGGUCUGACUGAAUACUCUGGAGUUCCGGUUGGAAAAAUAGAUAUUAUUACUGCUGCAAUGGGACAUGCAUUAGCCACAGAAGGAGGAUUCUGCACUGGAAGUGCAAGGGUCAUUGAUCACCAACGACUAAGCAGUUCUGGAUAUGUCUUUUCUGCUUCAUUGCCCCCAUAUCUUGCUAGUGCUGCCGUUACUGCCAUUGAUGUUCUGGAGGAAAACCCUGAUUUAAUAAAGAAGCUGAAAGAAAACAUUGCUUUAUUAUGGAAAGGAUUAUCUGGCAUAACUGGGCUCUCAAUGGCAAGCAAUCCAGAAUCACCCAUUGUUUUUCUCAAAUUAGAUAAGUCAACAGGUUCUGUGAAAACUGAUUUACAUCUGCUUGAAGAUAUUACUGACCGUAUGUUGAAGGAAGACUCUGUAUUUGUAGUCACCUCUAAGAGAUCGACACUUGAUAAAUGCCGUUUGCCUGUAGGAAUUAGAUUGUUCGUUUCUGCUGCCCAUUCGGAAUCUGAUCUGGUUAAGGCAUCUGAAUCAUUGAAAAGGGUUGCAGAAUUGGUGCUGAAGGAUCAUUCUUGAAAUGUUCUCUAGUGUAUCUCUCUCCAUCUCUCUCACUGUGAUUCUGUUUGCCCCCCAACAACCAAGUUUCUUCAUAAGGGCCUCUGUUGGUUGAACAAUUUUGUAAUGCGGGCAGGCUGACAUAGAAAAGGCCUCCUGUUGUUGAUAAUCUAUGUAAUAUCCUUGUGUGUUUAUCUUAGAUUUGCAUUUUUUUUUUUUUCUUUUAAUGUUGCCCUUUCGAGAUAUGAGCAAGGUUUACAUAAACUCAAAAGUCUUAGAACGCUUGGAGUCUUGCUAUUUAUAUAGUGCAUCAGGUGCUGGGAGAUUUUUUCAUUGCUACAA